UGAAUUAAAAGUUUAUUCGGAAUAAAUAAAAAUGGGCAAAUCGAAAAAGAAGCAUCCUAAAAAGCGUACCGCCGCUUUCAAAGAAGGCGAACCCAGUGAACUGGCAGAGGCACCACAUUCAUUCAUUAUACAUCGUGGCCUAUCCUGUCCCCAUAUUACAGAUUUGACAUUGGAUUUCCGUAGAAUUAUGGAACCAUUUACCGCGAGUGAAUUGAAAGAGAAGAAAAUUAAUCGUAUUAAAGAUUUUGUUGCUGUCAGCAGUUUCUUCCAUGUCUCACAUAUGGGUAUAUUUAAUAAGGCAGCGACGCAGUUGUCGUUUAAAGUGGCCCGUUUGCCAAGAGGUCCCACACUCACCUUUAAAGUGCAUCAAUUUACACUGGCCCGAGAUGUGAUAUCACAGCAUAAGAAACAAUUUAUCGAUGAGGGAAUGUUUAAACAUUCACCAUUGGUGGUAAUGAAUAAUUUCACCGGCGAUGGUAAACAUUUGAAGCUGAUGGCUCACACAUUUCAAAAUAUGUUUCCGGCGAUUAAUUUGGCGGAGGUCAAUAUUGCCACCAUAAGACGUUGUGUAUUAUUCUCCUAUAAUCCUGAAACAAAUUUGGUCGAUAUGCGCCACUAUUCCAUACAGGUUGUACCUGUUGGCCUUAACAAAGGUGUCAAGAAAUUGGUUAUGGGAAAAAUACCCAAUCUAUCAAAAUGUGAAGAUAUUGCCGAAUUUAUUAUGCAGGAUGGUAACGCCUCCGAGUCCGAAGCCGAAGAUGAUGAAAACUCUCAAGUUGUCCUACCACAAACUCUCAAACGUAAGGGAAAUUUGGAAAAUAACAAAUCCGCCAUAAAGCUACAAGAAAUAGGACCUCGUAUGACAAUACAACUGAUGAAAAUCGAGGAAGGCCUAUUGACCGGCGAAGUUCUUUACCACGAUCACAUUGUUAAGACCGAAGAAGAAAAGGAAGAACUGAGAAAAAUGGUAGAGAAGAAACAAAAACUCAAGGAACAGAGAAAGAAGCAACAAGCCGAAAAUCGGGCAAAGAAACUCAAAGAACAACAACAGAAAUCAAAGACCCCUAGUAGCGGUCAAGCUGAGGCAGGUUAUGAGGAGGAGGUUGCUGCUGCCAGUGAUUUAGAUGAUGAUGCUGUCUACUACAAAGAAGAAGUUGGUGAAGAUCCCGAUGAGGAACUUUUCAAAUCCACAGAACCUGAAUCAAGGAAACGUACCAAAUUGCCACCUAGCUUCAAGAGUAAAAGACCCAAAUUAGACGCGAAGGAUGGCAAUAAAAAGGAGUUCAAAAAGGAUUUUAACAAAAAUGGUUUCAAGAAGUCUUUUGGUGACAAGAAAAACGGAAGUUUCAAGGAUAAGGGUGGCAACAACAGCAGCAAGAAAGGUGGUUUCAAGGAUAAAAAAUCAUUUAAGAGCGGUUUCAAAGAUAAAAACUAA